AUGGCAACCAACGGUAACUACACACACCCGGACCAGUAUAAGGACGCUGUCGAACAAUCAUUUUCAGGCCCCACCGCUACGAACGAUGCCGCCGCAUCAGCUGGUAACAACAGCAACCUCAGCAAAGAUGAGGUUGGCUGGUAUUUUGUCGAGCAAUACUACACCACUCUGAGCAAGAACCCGGAUAAGCUCCACCUGUUCUAUGGAAAGCGCUCCCAGUUCGUUUACGGAAUGGAGGCUGAGGUUGCGAAUGUCUCCGUUGGCAGACAAGCCAUCCAGGAGAGAAUCAAGUCGCUCGACUUCCAAAACAGCAAGGUCCGAAUCACGAACGUCGAUUCCCAGGCCUCCUUCGACAACAUUGUCAUCCAGGUCAUCGGCGAGAGCUCCAUCAAGUCAGCCGAACCCAAGAAGUUUGUCCAGACCUUCGUCCUUGCCCCCCAACCUUCCGGCUACUUCGUUGUCAACGACAUCCUGAGAUAUAUCAACGAUGAGGACGAGGAGGAGGCCGUUGCCGAGGCUGAGGCCCAGCCCGAGGAGCAGGCCGCCCCUGAGGAGGUUGUCGAGGCCGCCGCUGCUGAGCCUGAGUCCAAGGCUGAGAAGACUACUGAGGAGGCUUCCGCCCCUGUCAUCGACCCCGAAGUGGUCGACAAGAAACUGGAGGAGGUUAGCGCUCCUCAGGAUGCCGCUUCGUCCAACGGUGACGCCGAGGUCGCCGCUCCCGAGCCUGUCAAGGCCGCCGAGCCUAAGGUGGAGGCGCCCACCGUUGACCCUGAGGCUACCGCGAAGGAGAUUGCCGAGGAGGACAUCAAGGAGCCCGAGAAGCCCGCCGACCCCUCUCCUACCCCUGUCGUCCCCGCCAAGGCUGCCGCCGCCGAGCCUGAGAAGCCCACGCCCGCUCCCGCUCCCGUUCCCAUGAAGCCCAUGUCGUGGGCCAGCCGUGCCGCCGCCGCCGUUGGAGCUAAGGCUGCCGUGCCCCUUCCCAAGACUGCCACUCCUCCUGCUGCCGCCUCGGCCAAGGCUCCUGCCCCCGCCGCUGCUGCCGCCACUCCUACUCCCACCGCCGCCCCCGCCGCGAAGGAGGCUGAGGCUCCCGCCGCUAAGGAGGGCUCUCCUUCUGCUGAGUGGCAGUCCGUCGGCGCUGACUCCAAGCGCCAGAACCGCCCCCAGUCGAUCUCCCAGGCCCCUGUUGAGAACCUCGGUACGUUGGGUUACGUCAAGUACGUGACUGACAAGGUCAAGGCAGAGGAUCUCAAGGCUGCCCUUGCUGGUCACGGAGAGCUCACCUACUUCGACAUUAACCGCCAGAAGAACUGCGCUUUCGUUGAAUUCGCUACCCCUGCCGGCUACCAGGCUGCCGUUGCUGCUAACCCCCACAUCGUCAACGGCGAGAACAUCGUUGUCGAGCCCCGCCGCCCCAAGGCUACUGCCUACGGUGGCAGCAACUACUCCGCCGGUGGUGGUCGUGGCAACCCUGCCGGCGGCCGUGGCCGUGGUGGCUUCGAGGGCAACCGCUCCGGUAGCCAGGGCAAUGCCCGUGGCAACUUCAGCGGCGGUCAGGCUCGUGGCCGCGGCAGCGUUCGCGGUCGCGGUGCUUCUCAGGCCACUGCUUAA